AUGCUGAUUUCGGAGCUUGGAGUACAGCGUCGUGCUCUGCACGUUUCGCGUACCGUCUUUGGCGAGCAUGCUCCCAGCUCUGCUGCGCAGACUGCUGAAUACCCCCAGGAAGGCUUCAACUCUUCGCUCUGGAAAUACGGGAUACUGGCGGGUGUCGGAAUUUUCAGUUAUUACCGCUUUGCAGGUGCAGCAAAAAGGGAUUCCGAAGAGGAGAGUCCAGUGACGCAAUACAUUUCGGGGCUCAUCACCCCCACCAGCGAGUUGGCGUCUGCAAACCAGGAGCACCUCGAUUGGUCCCUGAAGAAAGCCGAUGCACAGCUUUUGGUUCAAGAUGCCCAGAAGCCGCCGGCACACCAGAUGAUGUACUUGCCUGCGUUUGAACAGUAUCCCUCUCGUAACUUGCCUGUUGGUGGCAUGAUCGAUGUAUCGAACAUGAAGUUGAACCCCGAGCGUGUGUAA